AUGUCACCGCCUUCGGAUCUCUACCCUCGGAGCCGAACUGAUAUCUCUGAAAACUCGGCGGGAAUCCGAGUCUCGCGCCACGAGUUCCUCGAUCAGCAGCUGCUCCGUCUUCUAGGGUUCGAGAGGGACGCGAGAUCGAAGCUCUGGGUCUCCAUCAACCUGCCGGACAACGAAAUCUCCCUCCUCCGCAGCCGGCGGAACCUGAGCUUCAGCGAAUCGUCCGCCGCCGAAUCUCCAACUUCUCCUUCUCCAUCUCUCCACUCCUCGUCCUUGGCCUCAGCGUCGAUCGGUCGAAUCUUCAAAGGGAAGGCUCCGGCGACGGCAAGGGUGAGCCUCGAGAACGGCGGUAGCGGCGGCGACCCCAGCGGCGGCCGGCAGGCGUACAGGAGCACGAGGACGGUGGUGGAGGUGCUGCGGGAGCUGGACGCGGACAUAGUGGCGCUGCAGGACGUGAAGGCGGAGGAGGAGAGGGAGAUGAAGCCGCUGUCGGAGCUGGCGGCGGCGCUGGGGAUGAGCUACGCGUUCGCCGAGAGCUGGGCGCCGGAGUACGGCAACGCCGUCCGCUCCCGGUGGCCGAUCAAGCACUGGAAGGUCCAGAAGAUAUUCGACGACACCGAUCUCAGGAAUGUUCUGAAGGCAACAAUAGAAGUGCCCCAUGUUGGGGAAGUGAACUUCCAGUGCACCCACCUGGAUCAUCUCGACGAGAACUGGCGGAUGAGGCAAGUCGGCGCCAUCAUCCAGUCGAGCGACUCUCCCCACAUCUUGGCUGGUGGCCUCAACUCUCUCGAUGAGACCGAUUACUCGCAAGAGCGGUGGACCGACAUCGUCAAGUACUAUGAAGAGAUGGGAAAACCGACCCCAAAGGUUGAAGUCAUGCGGUUUCUGAAGAGCAAGCAGUACACAGAUGCUAAGGACUUUGCUGGAGAAUGCGAGUCCGUGGUCUUCAUUGCCAAAGGACAAAGUGUGCAAGGGACGUGCAAAUACGGAACGAGGGUGGACUACCUACUGGCGUCACCAGAUUGUCCAUACAAGUUCAUUCCAGGGUCGUAUUCGGUCCUGUCAUCGAAAGGGACAUCGGAUCACCACAUCGUAAAGGUCGACGUAACGAAAUGCGAAAACAACCCUCCCCAUGAAAGCAAUGGGAACAACAAUAAAAUUACCAAGAAAAGGCGACGACAGUGCAAGCACCAGGCUGUUGUAAAGAUCUCAGGCACAGCUCCUCCAUCGAACGGUAUAUGGACAACGAACACAUUAAGCAAAGUCGAAUGACAUUACAUUUAUUUUUUCCUUUUCUUUCCACUCUUUUCUCAGCUGUUGCUCCUGUUGCUGCUGUUGAGUGAUCUUGGGCAUGCUGGCUUCGUCAAUCUCUGUGUAAAUCUUCGAUUGUUUUGUGCAUCUUGUCUUCUCUGUUUUUUUCUUCAGUUUAGAGUUGAAGAGGGGAGGGUUCUGGUGUGAUGGCUUCCUCACAUCUGUAUAGAUUUCGACAUGACAGAAGUGAAUUCUUACGUUUCAACUAGGCAUUGGAGCUAAGCGGUUCUGCCAAGUUCUUUUUCAGUAUUUUAUGCCUUUUUUUUCCGCUUGUAA